AUUAUCUCUGCAUGAGAAAAGGGAUGUGUGCGUGAGAAUUGUCAAUUGCGUGACUGGUUUGCAGCCCUGGUUUCUACAAACUCAUCUUGUGACCACAUCUGUAUAAUUUCUACGUGAGGAAUCAGUAUUUAAAGGUCUUCCUGUCAUUUCUUGGAUCAGUAUCACUUGAGCAGCCAACAAUGUAAGUAAAUGGUAUCAUAAACUACCAAGAUAUUUGACAUCUUCAUAAAUUAUAUUUGAUUAUCUGACUCAUUAAAGUAAUGUAAGAACAAAUUCUAUGAAUGUAUGAAUGGAAAAUGUAAGAUGUAUAAAUACAUGAUUAUAUUGUUUAAAGGUAGGACACAUAAAUAUGACUCAUGAUGUGACAUUUGACAUGUAAUGUGAUAUUAACAGGAUAAACAAGACGUUUUACAACAUCAACUCAUUCACAGUGAUGGAGAAUGAUUAUAAAAGUUUGGAAAACACAAUAAAAGUGAUUUCUCAGAUCUUCUUCUAUCUGACGAUUCUCCUCGGAGUUCCAGGAAAUGUCUUUGUUGUGUACAUCGCUGGAAUGAAGAUGAAGAGGACCGUUAAUACAAUAUGGUUCCUUAAUCUAGCGAUUGCAGACCUCCUGUGCUGCCUUUCUACACUGUUCUUAAUAAUAUGGCACUUUGGUGAUCCCUGGCCAUUUGGAUCUGUCAUGUGCAAGAUUCUUCCAUUGGUUAUGUAUGCCACCGUGUUUGCUAGUGUCUUCAUCUUGAGUUUGAUUAGUCUGGAUCGGUUUACACAGGUGAUCACUCCAGUUUGGGCUAAAAAUCAUCGCAGUCUGUUGCUUGCGCGACUGUCCUGUGUAACGGCCUGGAUCCUGUCUAUUGCUCUUAAUGUGCCCUUUAUGAUAUUAAGAAGAACCUUUGAAUAUGAUAACAACACAUACUGCCUAGCGUUUGAUUAUGAUGACUCUAAAACAUAUAGAAAGUUUACUAUUAUCAUCUUUGUGUUUGUUUUUGUGAUUCCUCUCAUAUGCAUCGUCACAUGUUAUGGAUUAAUCGCACGAAAGUUAGGCAGGAGUCGUUUUCACUCUGGACGAGCGUUUCGCAUCAUGUCGGCUGUUAUUGUGGCAUUUUUUCUGUGUUUGCUGCCAUACAACAUUGUGUAUUUUAUCUUGAUAUUUGGUGUGAAUGAAAGUGUCAUGAUGGCCAGUAGAUUUGUCCCAUUGGUCGUCUCUUUGGCGUAUUUCAACAGCUGUCUGAAUCCAGUUCUGUAUUUUUUCAUAGGGCAGGAUAUUAAGGAGAAGUUUAAACUUUCAUUAAAGUUAAAACAUGUUUUUGAAAGAGCUUUCUCUGAGGAGGGGAUACAAAUACCACAAUCCACCGAGACACAACAAAUACAAUCAUUGUAGUUUGAAAAGUAAAUAAUUUAUUCAGUCUUUUCCGAUUAAUAAAUCUUUCGUCUAAAUAACUUUUGCCAAAUCCUCGUCUACACAACUUUCUUUAAGAAAAACUCUUUUGCCAUAUUUCUUUUCUUUUCAAAACUAUCACAUAUGGCGAUCUGAAAUGUCUGAUGUGUAAAAUGAACUGAUGUUAAAUGAUAAAACAUAACAGGUUGUGUAUUCUAGCACUUUUAGGAAGUGUGUCUGGUGUCCUGUGCAUUUCAUUUAGAUUUAUUUAAAGUAUCAUUAAGUCAUUUUUAUGUUUAGAUUAAAAAUAUAUUCUUCAGGUAACUGCAUAUAAUCAUGGUGUAAAAUAUACUGUGUAAAAACAUCUGCAGUGUAACGUGGAGAAUAUAGAGAAGAAAUUUAAUAUAUAUAGCUUCUGUUUUUCUUUAUUCUUUUUUCAACGAUUACAUUUUAUUUGAUAAAUAAUUGUUUAUGACUAUUGAAUGGAGAUGAACUGGUUCAUGGACACGGGUGUAGAUUUAGCUUGAACAUUGGGGGGUUGCAGCGUGAAGCACUUACAUGUUUCCAUUGAACAUGGUAUAAAUAUCGGCGGGUCAUAUAAAUCUACGCCCUUCUUCAUGGAAGUGUGUUCUUUCAUGUUAAAUGGGACAUUCUACAAAAUACAGUAAUUCACUAAUCCCACCUUGAUAAAUUUUACACACUUAUUUGUGCAUAUAUUCAGUGUUUAUAAACUUACAUCAGUUCUUAACCAUCUUUCUGACUGACA